GUGGGGGUUCUCAGAGCAGUGCCAGUCCUCCUACAGCGCCAGAGACGGACAGGGCAGGAGAAGGAACGGUCAGGCUCCCUCCCCUGCCUCCAACGCGCCCGGCAGCCUCCUUGGGUUGUGGAAGGCAGACACCUGCAGGCCCUGCAGCUGUGGUGGGCGAAGGUGUGGGAGCUUUGGGGCAGGUACUGAAGGCAGGAGACGGGCCAGAGAAUGUCAUCCCAGGCAACAGGGAACCAGACGUCCUCCCAGGCUGCAGAUGACUAUUCCUACGGCAGCUGGUACAUUGAUGAGCCCGAGGGUGGCCAGGAGCUCCAGCCAGAAGGGGUAGUGCCCCCCUGUCACCCCAGGGUGCCACCCGGCCUCCUCCAUAUCUGCCUGGCUGUGCUGUCGAUUCUUGUGCUGCUGCUGCUGGCCAUGCUGGUGAGGCGCCGCCGGCUCUGGCCCCACUGUGGGCGUGGCAGGCCUGGGCUGCCAAGCCCUGUGGAUUUCUCAGCUGGGGACAAGCCCUGGACAGUGCCCGCCGCCGUCUUCAUGGUCCUCUUCAGCUCCCUGUGUUUGCUGCUCCCCGCCGAGGACCCGCUGCCCUUCCUGACCCUGGCCUCGCCGCCCAGCCCAGAUGGGGAAACUGAGACCCCCAGAGGGCCCUGGAGGAUGCUGGCCCUGCUCUAUUACCCUGCCUUCUACUACCCUCUGGCUGCCUGUGCCACAGUCGGGCAUGGAGCCGCACACCUGCUCGGCAGCGCACUGUCCUGGGCUCACUUUGGGGUCCAGGUCUGGCAGAGGGCAGAGUGUCCCCAGGCACCCAAGGUCUACAAGUACUACUCCCUGCUGGCCUCCCUGCCUCUCCUUCUGGGCCUUGGAUUCCUGAGCCUUUGGUACCCGGUGCAGCUGGUGAGAAGCUUCAGUCAUGGGACAGCAGCCGGCUCCGAGGGGCUGCAGAGCAGCUACUCUGAGGAAUAUCUGAGGACCCUCCUUUGCCAGAAGAAGCUGGAAAGCCGCUCCCGCACCUCCAAGCGUGGCUUCCUGUCCCAGGCCUGGAUCUGCUUCAGACACCACAUCUACACUCCACAGCGAGGAUUCCGACUCCCCCUGAAGCUGAUGCUUUCCGCCACCCUGACGGGGACAGCCAUCUACCAGGUGGCUCUGCUGCUGCUGGUGGGCGUGGUGCCCACCAUCCAGAAGGUGAGGGCGGGGAUCACCACGGACGUCUCCUACCUGCUGGCUGGCUUCGGGCUGGUGCUCUCAGAGGACAGGCAGGAGGUGGUAGAGCUGGUGAAGCACCACCUCUGGGCUCUGGAAGUUUGCUACAUCUUGGCCUUGGUCCUGUCUUGCUCACUCACCUUCCUUCUGCUGAUUCGCUCGCUGGUGACACACAGGGCCAACCUGCGAGCUCUGCACCGAGGGGCUGCGCUGGAGCUGGGCGCCCUGCCCCAGAGCCUCCGCCCCUCCCGCCAGGCCAUAUUCUGUUGGAUGAGCUUCAGCGCCUACCAGACUGCUCUCACCUGCCUUGGGCUCCUGGUGCAGCAGAUCAUCUUCUUCCUGGGGACCACGGCCCUUGCCUUCUUGGUGUUUAUGCCAAUGCUCCACGGCAGGAACCUUCUGCUCCUCCGAUCCCUGGAGUCCUCAUGGCCCUUUUGGCUGACCUUGGCCCUGGCUGUGAUCCUGCAGAACGUGGCAGCCCACUGGGUCUUCCUGGAGACUCGCCAUGGACGCCCAGAGCUGACCAACCAGCGAGCGCUCUCCGCAGCCACCUUCCUUCUCUUCCCCAUCAACGUGCUGGUGGGUGCUGUGGUAGCCACAUGGCGAGUGCUCCUCUCUACCCUCUACAAUGCCGUCCACCUCGGCCAGAUGGACCUCAGCCUGCUGCCACAGAGAGCCGCCACUCUUGACCCCUGCUACCACACGUACUGCAACUUCUUGAAGAUGGAGGUCAGCCAGUCGCAUCCGGCCAUGACUACCUUCUGUGCCCUGCUCCUGCGAACGCAGAGGCCCCGGCCCCCAACGGCUCCCCAGGACAGCCUCAGACCAGGGGAGGAAGAAGAAGGGAUGCAGUUGCUGCAGACCAAGGACCACACGGCCAAGGGAGCAAGGCCCAGAGCCCACCGAGGCAGGGCCCGCUGGGGUCUGGCAUACACGCUGCUUCACAACCCGGCCCUGCAGGCCUUCCGGAAGACAGCCCUGUCAGGUGCUCGGGCCAACGGUGCCCAACCCUGAGGGUGGGGACGGCCAAGCCACCAUGUCCUCGUCUGUGCUGGGAUGCUUCCCCUCCUCCCAGCCCACUCCUUCCUCGGCUCUCCCAGCAUCACCCCAGUCAUGGCAGCCUCUCUCCUUGGCACCAGCUCUGCCAGCAGGUCCCCCGGAUCAGGGCCCCAGUGACCAGCCCCAGAGGCUGAGGGUGGCCUUGGUUGGCUGGAGGUCUGUCCUCACUACAAGCAUCCGGAAGACUCUGAUCUGUCCCCUUGACCUUGGGAAGCCAGCGAAGGCUCUGGAGAAAGUAAUCAGUGGUUUAGGCCCUUGGCCGGGGAGCCCGUGGAAACUGGGCAGCCACAUCUGGGCUCCUCCCCGUGCUGGCUCUGCUGUCAGCCUCCAUGGCCUCCCUGAAGCCUCCUGACCAGGGUGGUGACUCAGGCGGGACAACCUCACAUUCCAGCUCAGACCCACCUCAACCUUGGACCGCACCACCAUGGAACCAGACACAGUGCUUCCUCUUUCCUCCAGUUCUCCCCCUCCUGCCCGGGGGCCUCAUGGCCUGUAAGGCAGCCCAGGAAGAAGCCGUGGGCUCCUACCAGGCAGCAAAGUCAUAGCUCAAACCAGGCCCCACAGCGAGCUGCCCACACUUGAGAGCAUGAUGUUUUUGUAGUUGGUAUGCCUUUAGAUACUAUGAAAGAGGUUAGUGUGUUCCCCUUAAUAAACUUGUCCCUGAGAGCAGUCCUCCCAGGGGGAGGGGCACCGGGGAAACCGCCCACGCUGU